AUGAGUGGAUAUUCUGUUGUUGCUGUAUUCAUAGUGGUUGUCGCCUUGUCAUGUUUGGCAUGGGUAUUUGCACCAAAAGAGAACACAACUGUCUUUAGGUCAUCAGUAAUAUUAGCAUUAUCAAUGUGUUAUUUAAUGUGGGCAAUCACGUAUUUAGCUCAAUUACACCCAUUGGAGGCACCAAGAAGAUCCGACUUGAGACCAGAACACAAGGAUUGA